CAAAAAUUAGAAAUCGAAAGAGGAAGCAAUAGUGAGUGAGAGAUGGAGAUGGGGAGGAGGAAGAUAAGGAAGGAAUAAGUUGUAGAGAAGCUUAAGGACGACGGAGAUUUUGACAGGCUCCGCCUCAAAGAUAACGAGGAAUUACGAAACAAGAUGAUAUCACUUGUCAACGACUCUACAGCUUUGAAUCGGCCGUGUGCUCAGAAUAUGAAACCCAGGCAGCUCUCUGAUGCUAAACUCGAAGAAGUUGGGAGCAAGAUGUUGAGCCAGCUUUCAGAUGGGUUGUGGGGUAUAAUAAGAUCAGAAGACGGGAUGAAGAGCGAGAUUAGAGACACCGUGCAAUCUGUCUAUGCUACCUUAUCAAACCCAGGAGACGUUUUUCAAGAGGGACCAUCCACGAGAGAAGCGGAACACAACAUACCAGCACUGGUCCCAAAAGGUGAAACCUCCUCGUCUUUUCUCCAUACCAGCUGUACAAGAAGAAAAUAAAAGAGAAGCAGCAUGGAGUAGUAAUAGCAACAGAGUUAGUCAUUGACAACAACAGUGAUGAAGAAGAUCCUGAACUCCCUCCUGGUUUUGGCUAAACAUGUGAUUUAUUUAUUAUAGACUUUUUUGCUAGAUUUAUAUGAAUGUUCUUUGUGUAAGAUUAUAGCACUACAAAAAAAAAAAGAUUAUAGCACUAAAAUUAGACCUUAUAGUAACAACAGUUCACAUUGUGAAUAAAAG